UUAUACAUCAUAAAUUAAUAUAUAAUUGAAGUAUAACAUAUGUAUAUUAAUAGUCUCAUAGAGGAGAGAGAGAGAGAGAGAGAGAGAGCAAUCAAACACGCACAGUUAUUGCUGUAACUGAAACUCAAUCUCAAACUGAAGCAGAGGCAUCAACCAAAAAAAUCCCUUCUUUCUCAAUUCCAAACAAUGCCCAAGAAGGAGAACUUCUUUAAUGAUUUUGCAGACAAAAAUGGUGAAUCAGACAAACCCACCAAAGAUGUCUCUCGCACUGAUUUCCCUCCCAAUUUCGUCUUUGGAGUUGCAACUUCUGCAUAUCAGGUUGAAGGAGCUAGCAAGGAGGGUGGUAGGGGUCCUAGCAUUUGGGAUGCCUUUUCACACACCGAUGGAAAAAUUCGUGAUAAAAGCAAUGGUGACACUGCGGUGGAUCAAUAUCAUAGAUACAAGGAAGAUGUUGAACUUAUAGCCAAGUUGGGCUUUGAGGCUUAUCGCUUUUCCAUAUCAUGGUCUCGCAUAUUCCCUGAUGGUCUGGGAACGAAGAUCAAUGAAGAGGGUAUUGCUUACUAUAAUAACAUCAUUAAUGCUCUACUUGAAAAAGGUAUUCAGCCUUAUGUAACUUUGUACCAUUGGGACCUUCCUUUGCAUCUUCACGAAACCAUGGGAGGAUGGCUGAAUAAGGAAAUUGUAAAAUACUUCUCAAUCUACGCAGAAACUUGCUUCAGAAGUUUUGGUGAUAGAGUAAAGAACUGGAUGACAAAUAAUGAACCCCUUCAGACUGCUGUGAAUGGUUAUGGUCUUGGGAGAUUUGCUCCUGGAAGAAACGAAAAUUCAUCAACUGAGACUUAUAUAGCUGCACAUCACCAACUAUUGGCCCAUGCAGCUGCCUUCUCCAUUUACCAAAGCAAGUAUAAGGAAAAACAAGGGGGCCAGGUGGGUUUGGUGGUAGAUUGUGAAUGGGCAGAGGCUAAUUCAGAUAAAAUUGAAGAUAAAAUUGCUGCAGCAAGGCGCCUUGAGUUUCAGCUUGGAUGGUACCUAAAUCCAAUAUAUUUUGGUGAAUAUCCAGAAGUUAUGCGUGAAAUUCUUGGAGAUCGACUUCCCAAAUUCACAGAAGAAGAAAAGAAGUUGCUUAAAAACUCACUUGACUUUAUUGGUCUGAAUCAUUAUACAUCAAGGUUUAUUGCUUAUGUUAAAGAGAGUCCUGAGGAAAGCGAUUUCUAUAAAGCGCAACAGAUGGAGAGAAUUGCUGAAUGGGAAGGAGGUGAGCUGAUCGGUGAGAAGGCAGCAUCGGAAUGGCUUUAUGUAGUUCCUUGGGGCAUCAGGAAGGUUCUUAAAUACAUAGCACAAAAAUACAAUAAUCCCCCAGUUUAUGUUACUGAGAAUGGAAUGGAUGAUGAAGAUAAUGACACUCUUCCACUUGAUGAAAUGCUAGAUGACAAACUGAGAGUCAUCUACUAUAAGGGAUAUCUAGCAGCAGUUGCUCAGGCAAUAAAGGAUGGAGUAGAUUUGAGGGGAUACUUUGCGUGGUCGUUACUGGACAACUUCGAAUGGGCUGAAGGAUACACUAAACGAUUUGGUUUGGUGUACGUCGACUACAAGAAUGGACUCACCCGCCACCCAAAGUCUUCUGCCUAUUGGUUCUUGAGGUUCUUCAAGGUUGAUGAAGGUAAAAAUGGCAAGAGCGAGUAAUUAACUUCUCCUUAAAAUGCCGUCUUUCCAAAGAACUUUCUUUCCACUGGUACUUUUAUUGCUAGUGAGUCUUGCGACUCUAAGAAACUCAUUCAGGGCAUCUGUACCUUAUCAUAAUAUAGUCUUGUAUUUUGUUACUUGAUAUGUAAAUUAAGAAAGGGAUGUGGUUCUUCAUUUAUAUGAUGCAAAUAAUAUUGUACUUGAAGGAAACAAUAGUCACCAUAUAUACAAAUAUGAUUUGCUUAUUUUGCCAACAA